AUGAAGACGCGGGACAUUUAAAUGACUUCACCCGCCCAGCUGUGUCGGUCGAACACAGAAAACAAAAAUGGCAACGUACGGCGACGAGCCAGUCGAUAGCUAUUACUACUCAUCUUACAAGCCUUACUACGCGGGCAGGUACCGGCCCAAAGACGCGCCGUGGAAGUACAGAAGUUACCACUAUGGCGAAACCUCGGACACCUUCAACAACCAGCAGCGCGCCCACCUUCGCUCCAUCUUGUCGCAGAUCAACCCCAAGCUCACGCCGAGGCUCCGCAAGGCCAACACCAAGGACGUGGCCGUGCAGGUCAACCCCAAGCGGGACGCCUCGGUGCAGUGCUCCCUGGGGCCGCGGACCCUCGUCGCCGUGAAGCGAGACGUCCGGCGCAAGAAGGCCGCCGAAGGCUCGUCGAGCGCCGGCGAGAGCGGCAGCCCUAAGGCGGAAGUGCGAUACCCGCGGACCCUGGGCUUGUUCUCCCCCGUGGCCUACCGGAACUUCACCAGCUUCCUGGCGGAGGACAAGGAGUCGCCGCCCGCCGAGGCCUCGCCUGAGCGGGCGGAGGAAGCCGGAGACGAGACGGCGAAGGAGGCCGAGCAGGAGCCCGAGGACGCACAGCCCGCCAAAGAGGGGUCAGAGGUCACAACCGAGGAGGAGGGGUCAAAGAGCAAAGCGCGCGUUCGGUUUCAGUUUCUGGAGCAGAAGUACGGCUACUAUCACUGCAGAGAAUGCAACCUGAGGUGGGAGAGUGCCUACGUGUGGUGCGUUCAGGGCACCAAUAAGGUUUACUUCAAACAAUACUGCAGGAAAUGCCAAAAGGAGUUCAACCCGUACCGCGUGGAGGACAUCACCUGUCAUACCUGCAACAAAGCCCGCUGCUGCUGCUCGGUGACGCAGCGCCACGUGGACCCGAAGCGGCCGCACAGGCAGGACUUGUGCGGCCGCUGCAAAGGCAAGCGGCUCUCCUGUGACAGCACGUUCAGCUUCAAGUACGUCAUCUGAGCCGAAACUCGGCAAAUAUAUCGUUUCAGUGCUUUUGUUUCACCUUUUGUUGUGGACAGUGAUGGCGUCUCCAGAAAUAAAGAAGCUACCUUGCA